AUGCCAUCUAAAAGAGCCAAAUCUUGCUUUGUGCCGAACUGUAACCGCGGUUACCAGUCUUGCAAAGAGAAAGUGCCGCUGUUCCGUGCCCCGAAAGACGCCGAGCGUUUGGAGGCAUGGUCCCAGAACAUCAAGCGUGCGGACAGAACCCUCGACAGUACGCGUGUGGUGUGUGCGAAACACUUUGAAGAGCAAUACAUCGAGAAGACGUUUAAGCAGUUUAAUCACAUCGUAAACGGUAAGCUCGUCCAGAUCCAACGCGACAGACCUCUUCUGAAGGACGAUGCUGUUCCCACCAUUUUUCCGAGCGCGCCAAGUUAUUUCACCCGAAGCCUCCCCAAAAAAAGAAAAACAAGAGAUUUGUGCCACCAACUGUUGCCUCCUCGUAAACGAAAAAGGCAGGAAGAAAACUGCGAAGCCGUAGAUAUUCAAGGCGAAGAGACAAGCUCAAGAUGGACGCACGAAUCCGUCCAUAUUCAGGACGAAGAGAGAAGCUCAACAGCGACGCAGCGGUCUGGUAAAUCCCAGUUCUACAGAAACCUGCAUUUGCCAACCUCCUACUGGUCGAAGAUUGUAUUCGAAGACGACCCGUUCUCGGUACACAGGAUACAACACAGGGAUAUUGGUGCCACAACCGAUCUUUACGUAUUGCAUACAAUUUAG